UAACGACGUUAUUGAUGACAGACACCAAUGAAUGUCUGUUUGAAUGUCGAUAACAAAGAGUGACAAUCAUUGAGUGAUUCAUGUGUUUGAAGACAACAACAAACCACUGAUUGAUUUGAUUAAGUGUUGUCUUCAACGCAAAGAUGAUGUCGCGCUCUGUCAGAGCUGAGACCAGAAGUAGGGCUAAGGAUGACAUCAAGAGAGUGAUGCAAGCGAUCGAUAAAGUGAGGAAAUGGGAGAAGAAAUGGGUGACAAUCGGUGACACAUCUAUGAAGAUAUAUAAAUGGGUUCCGAUCACCAACUAUGACAAUAGCGGUCGAUCCAAAAGCAAAACCACUUCUUCGAGUUCUAUAAACAACAAUAAAGAGAAUAUUCGCGAAACAAAGUCAUCGUCACUCUCGCGGUCGUCGACUUUGACGCCGUCUAUGAUAUCGGCGGCCAAUGAAGACUCGGUUACAGGAUUUUCUGAAUGUAGUCAAGAAGACAACAAUAUGUCACAAUUGGGAACAAGUAUUACUGAUGACACGUCUAAUAUGAGCGGAAGUCUACUCGACAAUAGCACUGACGCCCAGUUUCCCGACGGCAGCACUGAUAGCAACCGAUAAAUAUAAUUUGAUUUAAAUUAUUUACAUUACUUUUAAUUUACAUUAAUUUCUCAYCAAUUUUAUGGUAAAAUA